GAAGAGAGCCAGCAAAAAUAGCAGAAUAUGCUCUAAAACCCUUCUCUCUCACUCCCCCGCCUGCUCGUCUCUUCUAUGUUCGUCAUUUGCACUUGAGGAAGUGAAGACCGCGUUGUGGCUUGGAUUAUUGUUUGGUACAUUGAGGCUCCAAUUCCGCUAGUAUGGAAGUGGACUUUGGAAUAUCAACCUCAACUUUCCUUCCGCAGUCACACUACAAAAGAAGACGUAUUUCAUCAGAUGGUGCAGAAAGUUCUCUUUCGUGUAGAGCCUUGAAUGAACUUGAAAAUUUUUUGCCGACAUUAAGAGAUUCCGAAUACUAUACCAAGCCUUGUUUGAGUGAGUUGGCAGUGCGGGAGUUCAAGGAUCCUGGUUAUUGCAGCAAAGUUCGAGAUUUUGUUAUCGGAAGAGUUGGUUAUGGCUAUAUUAAAUUUAUUGGGGAGACGGAUGUUAGAUCCUUGGAUUUGGACUGUAUUGUUAAAAUCAACAAACAUGAAGUUGUUGUGUAUGAGGAUGACAGUUCCAAGCCUUUGGUUGGUCAGGGUCUUAACAAGCCUGCUGAAGUAACUUUACUGCUUCAUGUAAAAUCUCUGAAACAUUAUAAUAAGGAUCAUACAAGGGAAAUUGUAAAUAUUCUCAAGGGUAAGACAGAGAGUCAAGGAGCACAAUUUCUUUCAUUUGAUCCAGUUAGUGGAGAAUGGAAGUUUUUGGUACAGCAUUUUAGCAAAUUUGGUCUGGGCGAAGAUGAUGAAGAAGAUAUUCAGAUGGAUGACGUGUCUCCGGGUGCUCAAGAUCCACCAGAAAUGGAUUAUUCUGAGGUGUCGGAUGUUGAUCAAGAAAAUGUUUCAGUAAAUCAAACCCUACUUUCACAUUCUCUUCCUGCUCAUCUUGGUCUUGAUGCUGCCAGAAUGAAAGAUCUGAAGAUGUUGAUGUUUCCUGCUGAUGAAGCUGAUGAGGUAGAUGGUGUCAAUGGCAUGCUUUCGCAUGAAAGUCUACCUUUUUCCAAAGAAUCCUCAAGAUCUCCAUUACAUCAAAUCUCUCGAAAGACAAUUCGUAAGAAUGAUUACAGUUCUCCGGUUCGAAAGACUCCAUUAUCUUUACUGGAAUACAAUCCUGGAGGUCUCAACUCUAGCUCGCCUGGAUCCAUUUUAAUGGCCCAACAAAAUAAAGGCUUGCACCUAACUAUUGCAAAAUCUGAAGGUUUCGAGCUAAAACUGAAGAACAGAACACCUGUAUCUGGAAGUCAUUCGUGUAAUAUAGUAGAUGCAGCAUUGUUUAUGGGUAGAUCUUUUCGGGUAGGUUGGGGUCCGAAUGGGGUCCUUGUUCAUUCUGGUAUGCCUGUGGGUAGUACUGGCUCUGAUGUUGUAAUAUCCUCUGUGAUCAAUCUUGAGAAGGUUGCAUUUGAUAAAGUAACACGAGAUGAAAGUAAUGAAGUCAGAGAGGAACUUACUGAUACCUGUUUCAGCUCUCCUCUUAAUCUCCACAAGGAAUUGAGUCAUGAAACAAAAAGGAUUAGAUUGGGAACCUUUGAGCUGAAGCUUCAAAAGCUUGUAAUCGAUCGCUUAACUCUUCCAGAUAUUUGCAGGAAAUAUAUAGAUACAAUCGAGAGGCAACUAGAGGUUCCCACUAUAUCAUCUUCUUCUCGUGUUCUGUUGAUGCACCAAGUAUCGGUUUGGGAAUUAAUUAAAGUUCUCUUUUCCUCGAGGAAAAUGGGUGGGCAAUUGAAGCUUAUGGAAGAAGAUGAGGAGGAGGAGGAUAUGAUGCCAGAUGAUAAGGAAAGUUAUCCUGAUGUUGACCAAGAUGCACUUCCACUUAUCAGGCGAGCAGAAUUCAGUUAUUGGCUGCAAGAGAGUGUUUACCACCGUGUACAGCAGGAAGUAAGUUUAUUGGACCAGUCUAGUGAUUUAGAACAGAUAUUCUUGCAUCUUACAGGUCGGCAAAUGGAUGAUGCUGUAGAACUUGCUGCCUCUAGAGGGGAUGUAAGAUUGUCUUGUCUUUUAAGUCAGGCUGGUGGUUCCACUGGAAAUCGUGCUGAUAUUGCUCAUCAACUAGAUAUCUGGAGGAAAAAUGGACUGGAUUUUAGUUUUAUUGAGGAGGAUAGAGUGAGGCUUCUUAAUUUACUUUCUGGAAACAUACAUGGGGCUUUACAUGGUAUAAAAAUCGACUGGAAAAGGUUUCUAGGAUUGUUAAUGUGGUAUCAGCUUCCACCUGAUGUUUCAUUACCUGUUAUUUUCAACACCUUUCAGAAGCUUCUUAAUGAGGGGAAUGCGCCAUAUCCUGUUCCGAUUUACAUUGAUGAAGGACCAGUUGAAGAUGCGACCAGUUGGGAUGUUAAUGACCGUUUUGACCUGGCUUAUUAUCUUAUGCUUCUCCAUGCCAGACAAGAAAAUGAUUUUGGUGCUUUGAAGAUCAUGUUCAGUGCAUUUGCAUCUACAAACGAUCCACUUGACUAUCACAUGAUUUGGCAUCAGCGUGCGGUUUUAGAAGCCAUUGGUACUUUCAGUUCUAAUGAUCUUCAUGUUCUUGAUAUGGCAUUUGUUUCUCAGUUACUCUGUGCUAAGCAAUGCCAUUGGGCGAUCUAUGUGGUGCUUCACAUGCCUCAACGAGAAGAUUAUCCUUUCUUGCAAGCUACUACGAUAAGGGAAAUCCUUUUCCAGUAUUGUGAAGUUUGGAGUUCUCAGGACUCACAACAGAAGUUCAUCGAAAACCUGGGUAUUCCUUCAGCAUGGUUGCAUGAAGCUAUGGCUGUAUAUUCCAGUUACACCGGUGAUCUUGCAAAAGCUUUGCAUCACUUUCUUGAGUGUGGAAAUUGGCAGAGAGCACACUCAAUCUUCAUGACUUCAGUAGCUCAUUCUCUGUUUUUGUCCGCAAAACAUUCUGAGAUAUGGGAGCUGGCAACAUCCAUGGAAGAUUAUAAGUCAGAAAUUGAAGACUGGGAUCUUGGAGCUGGAAUUUAUAUUUCCUUUUAUUCAUUAAGAACUAGCUUGCAGGAAGAUGGCAACACCAUGGCCGAAAUGCAUACACUUGAGAGCAAAAAUGAUGCAUGCAAUGAUUUCGUUGGUUGCUUAAACAAAUCAUUGGCAGUGUGGGGAAGCAAAUUGUCCGUAGACGCAAGAGUUGUGUUCUCAAAGAUGGCACAGGAGAUUUGUAGUCUCCUUUGCGAUAGCAGCAGCAGCAGCAGCGAGGGCUCAACAGGUGAAGUCCAGCAAAGGUGUUUCGACACAAUUUUCCGAGCGCCUAUUCCGGAAGACUUGUCGUCGUCCCACUUGCAGGAGGCUGUGUCAGUCUUUACAUGCUAUCUUUCGGAGACUCUGGUAUAGUGUCAGGUGAUUGCUUCUUUGUUUGUUUGUUUUGUAAUGAGAAACAUAUAUAUAUAUAUAUAUAUAUCCUUUAGUGUUGUUUUCUUGAGGAUCGA